AUGCCUGGUGGAGACGGUUCUUCGCAUUUGCUGCCUUCUACCGGCUCUGGGUGGUCGUCGGGUCGCAAGAAAACAUCAACCGGCACUUCCGCCACGGCCGUCGUUGCCGCUACCCCCGCCACUAUUCCGAUUAACCUCGACUCAUCGGAGACGGUUUCGGACCCUAUUACCACUGCCGCUCAAGGUAUGCUAAAUCUGGAUCUCUUAUCGCCGUUUAGUAUGUCCGAUUUUGAUUGGGAUUUUAGUGGGGUAAAUGCUGAUUUCGGUGGUUCCUGGUCGAUCGACGAUCGAUAUCUGCUAUGUAGAACUAGAGAUGGGUCAUUUGAAUUGAUAGAUGUUGCUUUGGGUUUAGGCAUAGAAAAUGUAGCCAAUAGGGGGGACGCUUCCGCCGUUGGAGAUAACCUGGCAACUUUCGAUGAUCUGUCUAUGGCGAGUGUGAGUAGAGAAGAGGGGUUUAGUAUUGAUGAGCAUAACUUGCCUGAGCGACCCGAUUCCCCUUCCAUCGAGCUUUCUUAG